UGUCAGGGUCCGUGGGACCAGGUACAGGCAGGAGACGUCCCCAAACCCUUCAUCCGGGCUGACCCAGGACCCAUCGUCACCAAGGAGAGCCCCGUGACCAUCUGGUGUCGGGGGUCUCUGCAGGCUAGUGCCUACCUUCUGUAUAAAGAGAGGGGCUCUGAGCCCUGGGAAACGAGGAAACCACAGAACUCCAGCAACAAGACCGGUUUCCCCAUUGGGGCCAUGACUCCAUUCCACGCAGGGCUGUACCAGUGUGCAUAUUACACCACUGGGGACAUACUGUCAGAGCGGAGUGACUCCCUGCUCCUGGUGGUGACAGGAUUGUAUGGUGCACCCUCCCUCUCAGCCCAGCCAAGCCCUGUGGUGGCCUCAGGAGAGAACGUAUCCCUCUCCUGCAGUUCUAACCUCACAUCGGGCACUUUCCAUCUGCUGAAGGAGGGAGCAGCUGAUCCGCCCGGACACAUGGAAGCAAAACCAAGGAUGCAUGCUGGGAGGUGGUGGGCCAUCUUCCCUCUCGGCCCAAUGAACACCUCCCAUGGGGGCAUCUACAGAUGCUAUGGUUCUCUCAGCACCUACCCCAAUGUGUGGUCACAGCCCAGUGCCCCUCUGCACAUCGAGGUCACAGCGUCCAGACCCAAAGACUACACAGUGGAAAAUCUCAUCCGAAUGGGCGUGGCUGGCUUGGUCCUGGUGGUGCUCGGUGUGUUGCUAUUUCAGGCUCGAAAUGACACCAGAAAGACCCACGAUGCAGCCAGGAUGGGAACUCAGAGGCAACAACAUACCGUUCAGAGUGGGGGAGCCUUGGAGCCCAUCUGAUGACCCCAGGAGGUACUGGAAGAGAAUAUGGACCACAGUUGGGAAGACUGUCCACUGAGAAUGCUCAGGGGUGAAGACAUAGUAGGCGAGGUUUGGGUGCAGGAGAAUGUGGGUCAUGUCCCUGUAGAGGACGCCUCCUCCAUCCACCUGAGGUGCUCUCCCUCCCUCCCUGUUCUUGCUCAUUCUCCUUCAUGGCCCUCCUGUUCUCACCCUGUGAUGUGAGGGUACAUCCCACAUGGCUGGUUUGAAUUCACAUCUAUACACCUUUUCAUGCUGGGCCACAUCCAUCAAUCAAAAUGGUAUCUUCAUAACCCUGGGAUUACUUUUUAUUUUUUUUAACUGUGUUUUUAUUGAUAUUACUAAAAAAGGAAGAUAGAGGGGUGCUAAGAUAAAAACAUUAAGGAGAGAAAAACAUCAGCUGCCUCCUGACACCCCCUAUUGGGAAUGGAGCCCACAACCCAGGCAUGUGCCCUAUCGAAGUGGUAACCUCCUGGUUCAUAGGUCGACCCUCAACCACUGAGACACACUGUCCAGGCUGUAGGAUUAUUCUUAAACCAAAAAGAGCUAAGUAAAAAAAAAAAAAAAAAAAAAAAGUCCGGAUACCUGCUCCAUGUGGUCCACCCAUUGCACAAAUCCACCCCAUCCUACCAUCUCCAUGCGGCUUCUUCUUUGUAUCCUUACUUGUGAACUUCUCUUCAACUGGAUUUCAUAUGGUUCUGAAUGAUGAUUUUUCUGUAGUUUAAUUCUGGUUUCACUGUGGUUAUGGGAGGAUUUGAGUACUUCCUUUACUUCCUCUGCUUUCUUGAGCAGAAGUUAUAAUAUUUUGAUAAUAAAUAAGUAAUUUUGAA